UCCCUAUCGUUGGCCCCACUUGUCAUCCUCGGCCGCCUCCCACUCCAUUCCCCUUUGCUCCGCUCGCUCCAGUCGUCCGGCGCCGACACGCCCUCGCCGUGCCGCCUCCAUCUCCACCUCGACUGCGUGCGCUAGCCCGCCCGCACUUUCCACGACCCGGCUUGCCUUCGGAGCGAGGAGAGGGAAACGAUGGUGGCCAUCACCGCGCUCGCGGACGGCAAGAGGUGGGCGGGGAUUUCUCAGACGGGGAAGCCCGGGGCGAAGGCUCCUAAACCCAUCAACUUGCCGAACCAGAGGUUGGACAGCCAUGGCCUCCGCAGUGACGAGAUUGUUCCAAAGGGCACGACCACUUGGGGCGGCAAAUCAAUGCUCCCAGCAUCAAAUGCAUGGGCUUCACCUUUGCUUCUGAAUCCCAAGAACGAUGGAGCUUCUGGUUCACCUAGCCACAUUGAUGAUCGUCCUUCUUCCCGAGGAAGCUCGACGUCAUCAUCAUCAGUUGGAAGUGACUUCCUUGACUUACCAUCGUAUAGUUUGCCAAUGGCCGUAAAUUAUUCUCUAAGCACAGAGAUAAGAUCAGGGAGCUUGCAAGUUUCUCGUUUUCCAGAUUCUUUCAGUAAUGUUCUAAAAGCACCAUUGAAAGCUGUUGGCAGACGGGCACCUACAUCACAGGGGAAAGGGUUCAGCCUAAGUAUGGAUGAUUUCCCAGUACUUGGCUCCAGAAACUCUGCGUCAAACAGUCAACAAGGGCAAAUUUCAGGAAGGUGGCCAACUAUUGCUUCUGGUAUUGUGGCAACACAAGAUAAAGAAGGAAAGAACCCGAUAACUGGAACUGGUGAGGUAAUUUUGUCUUGCAGUUAUGAGCAUGAAAUUAUCUCAAGAAUGGACUAUGUUUGCAAAGGAGACGAUCCUAUUCCUGCUGCAAAGUUGAUAAGGGGAGCUGAGCAGGCUCAACUGCAUGAUCCCCAAGUUCCUAAUAUAUGUAUACCUCCUCCAUUGUUGGAUUACUGGCAUCGUCCUCCUGAUCAGCCACCUGAUGAAAAUGGAAAAUUGCAUAGUGGAGAGAUGCCAUAUGGUCUGUACAAGCAUGCUGACCCGACUGGCUUUGCUGUUGAAUCUCUUGCUCAUCGUGAUCAGUUCGCGCUCAACGAGGAGGCACUAGCAAAGCAGGAUACUGGACAUGGUGGGUAUUAUCCAGACAAGAGGGAUAUAUCUCAUGCUCACAUGCCUGCUGAUUGUUGUGUCAUAAAUCAAUCUUGCCAUGUUCUUGGGAAGGUCAAGAAUGGCCAUGCAGAUGUACUUGAGAUCGAGAAGCAACCUAUCAUCAAGAAGGAUGUGGCUCUAUUAGAGAAAAUCAAGUGUCUAAACAACAAAGCUAGAAAUUUCCGUGCCCUUAACUUGUCCAAUCUACCUUCAUCUCUACUCAAGGACUCCAAGGUUAAACACCCAAAAAUCAUCCGUGUCGAGGAAGAUCCUGCGACAAAAUAUGUUCCCUUCAGUGCUUCCACCAGUGAGACUGGUCCUGCCUUUGACAGGCUUAAUUCUGUUUCUCAAAGCAGCAGUUCUGUGUCAACUAAUCCAUCAAAUGGGCCUGAUAAGGGUGUAACUGUUGUUUGUCUGUCAGAAAAACAAGUUACUGAAUUCAGCCAAGCUGGAAAAGUUGGCAAAUCUGCUGAUCGCCAUGCAUAUGGAAGAAGCGAUAUCUCAAGAAACAUGCUUGAUGGUUCUGCUCAGGACAUGCCAUCUCGUAUUACUGGACAUGGAUGUGAAGAGCACUCCAUAGUUGACUCUUUGCGAGGAGUUCUUAUGGUAGAUGCUCAACAAGACCAACUUCUUUCUAGGAACACCUCACAGCAGCCACAUGUGACAGUUGCUGAUAAGGAGCCAAAUUGGCUUCACUGUGAAGACCAGCAUUCCAGAAUGAGAUAUUUGUCUGCUCAAGCUGCGAAACAACUACAGGACGCGGAGAAGUGGAUUAGUCAACAAAAUAUAAAUGCUAUUGCAAAACUGGAAGAAUUGAGGAGGUAUCAAUCAAUACAGAGUCAGAAGUCCAAUGAUGCACCCCCAGACGCAGAUAUGUACUGCAAACCAAAAACGCGAGAUGAUGUGACUGCUAAAUGUGCUAGUUCAGUGGCAGAUACAUGUUGUAUUGUCUCUGCUGAUGGUCAUAAUGCGCCUCAGCCAGUAGCUGGAGUCAAGAUUAGUGAAGUUUCUAUUGGUUCCAGUGCAGAAUCAAAUACUUCAGGUGUUAGUAAAGGUUAUAAUUUCAGGUCUUCAGCCAAGAGCACACAGGUUAACAUGAUGGAACACAUUUCCCUCAACUCACUGUCACAUGACAACAGUACUCCAGAACACUGGCCAAUGGAGCACAGGCAAAUGCAUUUUGGUUCAUGGGAGAGAAAUAUAACAGAUAGGGAGAUACCUGCAGACACGAAGUGUGCUGAAGCUAAAAAUCAUGGCGACCUCUUGACCAGAAACAAGAGCAGCAGGAGGAACUUUAAUUCAGUUAGGCCUGCAGCGCCACCUGCGUUUAAUGAGAAGAAUUCUACAGAAGUCCUGAGUAUGCAGAAAACCCAUGUUCCAUGUAUUGCCAUCAAUAGUUCUAUAAUUCCUGCCAAGGUUACUUCUGUUACAGGUCUUAUUGUGGGUAAUAUAAUGCUUGAUGAUGUUCCACUUGCAUCAGUAAACCGGGAGUGGGCAGUACCGACCAAGGAAGUACAUGAUGCAGCUAGUAGCCUCUCAGGGCCUCGGCAGGUCAAGAAAUCAGACAAGAGCCAGCAUGGUCUACUGCCUGUCCAGACUCCAAUUCCAAACAAUAGUGUCAUGUGCAAACCGAUUAAACAGACAGGCAGGAAAGAAGAGCAUGCAGAAGGAGGUCCGAAUGGUAUGGCUGUAGUUGAUGGACUUGCUUCGGCGGUGCAAAUUCUCGCUAAACCGGCAGAGUACUUCAAUGUGGCAGAUGUUAUACAGGAGUCAUCUGAUCAGUGGCAGCAAGGAGAUGUGCAAUUUGAGCUCAAGGCCCAUGGUGGUACCGAGGACCGUUCAAAACUAACUGGAAUGGCGUCCUUGCCUGACAAUACUUGGGAAAAGCAUCCGGCAACUGACAGUCCAAGGCGCUACCAUGUUGAGGCCCAAAGGAAUGUGGGGAUUCGCUAUGGUUACAGGGAGAGGGCAGGCAGGGGACGCUUCUUCCACGACUCACCAGCUCCGUCUAGGGCUCGCUGGAUGCCUAAAUACAUCUCCCAUCCUCAGAGCGAUGCACAAUAUGAUGGUGUCUCUGAAUGGCUGCAGGAUUCCCACCAAUUCUUAUUGGACAACUCACAGGGAUUGGACAGCAAACCGAUUCAGAUAGCUGACAGGGAUGCUGGAAUGGAUCUGCAGGGUGGAGAAGGCAAUGUAGGCAUGAGCUUCGGAGAUGAAAACCCCUUGAUAUGGAACGAAACAGAGUGGGAGUAUCAGCCUCUCUUUCCAGCGCCACAUCGCGUUGGCCAACAACACGGUAACACGAGUGAUGAUGGUCAAAGGGGUAGAGGCAGACACUCUGAGUACCGCCAACAACACGGUGACGCGAGUGGUGAUGGUCAGAGGGGUAGAGGCAGACACUCUGAGUACCACUAUCCGGAGCCGGUAAGAUCUCGUGAUGCUACACCUGACAUCCAGCGGAACCCCGGCGGUGCUGACAAUCAUCAGUAUCCGGCCUAUUUAAGAGCGGGAAUGCACACGGAGCGCAGGUACUAUAUUUGAGGGUCGCUGUUGGAUAGCUGUGGUCCAUACAAUCAUCACCAAUCCAGUCCUGUAAUCAAUCCCUGAAUAUUCUUGUGAGUUGCUGAAGCGUAGAUAGCCUUUUGUCAGCUCUGUUUCUUUCUUCUCUGGGCUUGCGAUGAUCCAUUUACUUGUAAGAUGCUAGUCCUGUUUAUCUUAUGGAGACCUUUAUCUUGUAAAGCUUUGUCUGAAGACUAUUCUACUUCUGAUGGCCGAAUACUGCACGGAUCGCUGUUUGGGUGUCACGAGAAGCUUUUCUGAUUGAUUUGUCCAA